GUGUCCCGUCAGUCAGGUGACAAGUCAGCUGAUUGUCUGCCGGGGCGCGGAGAGGAGCAGCCCGAGGGGGCCGGCAGGAGCUGCAGGGGGCCGCCGCGAGUUCGAGACUCCGUCGCCACCAGCCAUGGCCAGUCAGUCGCAGGGCAUCCAGCAGCUGCUGCAGGCCGAGAAGAGGGCUGCCGAGAAGGUCGCCGAGGCCCGCAAGAGGAAGAAUCGGAGACUGAAACAAGCGAAAGAGGAAGCCCAGGCUGAAAUUGAGCAGUAUCGCCUGCAGAGGGAGAAGGACUUCAAAGCGAAGGAAGCUGCGGCGCUCGGUUCCCACGGCAGUUCGACCACUGAGGUGGAAAAGGAUACUGAGGAGAAGAUGACCGUCCUCCAGGCUAACUUCCAAAAGAACAGGGAGGAGGUCCUGAAAGCCCUGCUGGACUUUGUCUUUGACAUAAAACCGGAGAUCCACGAGAACUAUCGCAUUAAUGGAUAAAGGGAGCAACUCACCCUUCAGGAAGUAUUCAGCAAUAUCAACCCUGUCUCUGUCAGUACUCUUAGAUGUGUUGCUCUUUUGUCUUUGUAAAAGACCUUAGUUCCAAAAAGAGUUGUAGAUAAUCUUUUUUCACUGAAAUCUUUCACAAACCCUUUUGUACAAUUUUUUUUGGAGCAUAUCCAAAGAUGUCCUAGUUCUGUCUGUCCCUAAAGUGCAUUAUGGUGGGAAUUCAAAGCGGCAAGGGAAUGGGAGGUGACGUCCGACUAAGUAUUAAACUUGUCAUUUUGUGUCCAAGAAGUAUCCUGGGACUUAAGAAUACCAUCAGAUCUGCUGGGCUUUCUUCCCUUCUUCUGUUUAGCUCUUACCUGGUGAACAUGUGAGAACUGGAUCCUUUGACAAAUCACACUCUUGUUAGGGAACUGGAUUUUGUACCUGAUGUUGAAUAUCUUACCAUAGAGACUAGAUCCCAGAGAGAAACCAUUUUGUGCAAUAGUGGAAGAUUUCUGAAGUAGGUUCUGUUUAAGUAAAAUUAGUCUGUAUCCUCCUAUUUAACUUGAACUGGAUGCCCAACCUUGAAGAUGCUUGAAGAUGAGUAAAGCUCUUAUUUAACCACCUGAA